AUGCACAGGACACAGGGGCCCAGGGGCCUCUUCACCAGACCCUCCAAGCUCCAAGAAGACUAUUACAGGCCAGGAGACCUCCUUGUUGGCGGAGUUUUGCCCUACCUCAUUAACUGUCAUUGCAGCCCAGUGCCCAAAAACUAUCAGCACAUCCUGGCCCUGGUAUUUGCCAUCAGUGAGAUCAACAAGGAUCCAGCACUUCUCCCCAAUGUCACGCUGGGUUUCCGCAUCUUCGAGGACACCUACUUCGCCAGUAUGACCUACCAAGUCAGCUUGUCAUUCCUCUCCGCACGGGAUCAAGUGGUUCCUAACUACAGAUGCAGCAGACAGGAAGAGCUGCUCUCCAUCAUUGGAAGUCUCUACUCCAGAAUCUCAAUCCAGAUGGCCAAUAUCUUGGACCUCUUCAAGAUCCCACAGCUGGGUUACAGUUCAUUCAACCCCAUUCUGAGGGAGAGAACUCUAUUCCCUUCCUUCUACCAAAUUGACCCCAGUGAAGUCCACCAGUAUUUGGGAUUAAUCCGCUUACUCCUUCAUUUCCAUUGGAACUGGAUUGGGAUCAUUGCUCCUGAUGAUGACAGCGGGGAAAAUUUCAUCCAGGCCCUGACACCAAUGCUUGCCCAGAACGACAUCUGUGUCGAGUUCACAAAAAGGACCUUGUCAGAACUCUCUAUGGUUCAUGCUCCUAUUACUGACUAUUUCAAUCUAGUUUCAGCGGUUUUGCAGACAGAAGCCAAAGUGGUGGUUGUCUCUGGUGACUGCCCCGUUCGCCCGCCGGUGCUGGGGUUGAGGAACUCUUCAGCCCCGACAUCUGCAGGCGAAGGAGGCAGUGGGGAUGCAGGCAAAUGCCUGCGAAUCCUCACUGGAUGCUCCCUUCAUCCUCCACGGAUGGGACCAGGGAACUCUCCGGCCCCGCCCAUGGUGGCUGAAUGGGGCAGCGGGGAUGCAGACAAAUGCCUGCGAGUACCCACCAGGUGCUCCCUUCAACUGCCGCUCACAGGGCUGCGGAAAUGCCUGGUCCCGUCAGCGAUUCAUGCCUCUUUGAGGAACAUCCAGUUCAACAACAGUGCAGGAGAGGAAAAGUUGCCCUCUUCUAGGUGUGUGGAGAGCUGCUUGCCGGGUUACAGCAGGACAGUUCAAGAAGGGGCGCCGGUUUGCUGUUAUGAAUGUUUCCGUUGUGCGGAAGGGGCCAUUUCUAACUACGCAGAUGCUGAUCGCUGUGUCCCAUGCCCAGAAGAUCAAUACCCAAACAAGAACCAAGAUGGAUGUAUCUCCAAGGCCAUACAUUUCCUUUCCUAUCUAGAGAUUUGGGGGGCUCUUUUGGCUUCUCUUGCUCUUUUGCUGUUUCUCAUCACAUCAGUAGUCCUGGCAACGGUCAUUAAACAUCGGGACACGCCGAUUGUCAAAGCCAACAACCGAAAGCUAACAUAUGUCCUCCUCAACUCUCUCCUGUUUGGUUUUCUCUGCUCCUUCCUAUUCAUUGGUCAACCCAAGAAGGCCACCUGCCUUCUCCAACAAACUACAUUCAGCAUAAUCUUUUCUGUUGCCGUUUCUUCCAUCUUGGCAAAAACUGUCACAGUUGUUUUGGCAUUUAUGGCCACUAAGCCAGGAAACACGACAAGGGAACUGUUGAGGGGUCAAUGGGUAAAUUCCAUUGCGCUGGCCUGUCCCCUCAUACAAGUUGUCAUCUGUUCAAUUUGGUUGGGAACCUCUCCCCCAUUCCCCAGCUUGGAUUUCCAUUCGUUGGUGAAAGAGAUCAUAGUGGAAUGUAAUGAAGGGUCAGUUACUAUGUUUUACAUUGUCCUGGGUUAUAUGGGUUUUCUGGCCGUUAUGAGCUUCAUCGUAGCUUUUCUAGCUAGGAAGCUGCCCGAUAGCUUCAAUGAAGCCAAAUUAAUCACCUUCAGCAUGCUGGUGUUCUGCAGCGUGUGGGUCUCAUUUGUGCCCACCUAUCUGAGCACUAAAGGGAAGUCUAUGGUGGCUGUGGAGGUCUUCUCCAUCCUGGUCUCUGGAGCUGGUCUCCUGGGUUGCAUCUUUCUCCCCAAGUGCUAUAUUAUUGUUCUGAGACCUGAUCUCAAUAACAGAGAUCAUCUUAUAAGGAACAAAAAAGGGACCUAA